AUGAUUGAGACGCUUUCGAUUGGGACAUUUCCUGCAGCAGCAGCCGCCGCCGCCCUGCAGCAGCAGCCGCCGCCGGGCCUGCAGCAACACACGCCGCCGCCCUGCAGCAGCAGCCGCCGCCGGGCCUGCAGCAACAGACGCCGCCGCCCUGCAGCAGCAGCCGCCGCCAGGCCUGCAGCAGCAGCCGCCGCCAGAGCCUGCAGCAGCAGCCACCGCCAGAGCCUGCAGCAGCAGCCACCGCCAGAGUCUGCAGCAGCAGCCGCCGCAAGAGCCUGCAGCAGCUGCCGCCACCGAUCCAACAGCAGCAGCCGCCGCCGCUCUGCCGCAGCAGCCACCGCCACCCAGCAGCAGCAGCCGCCGCCCUGCAGCAGCAGCCGCCGCCAGGCCUGCAGCAGCAGCCGCCGCCAGAGCCUGCAGCAGCAGCCACCGCCAGAGAUUGCAGCAGCUGCCGCCCCUGGACCCGGUACGCUCUGUGCUGCCCUGCCUGUGCUGCCCUGUACUGCCCUGCCUGUGCUGCCCUGUACUGCCCUGCCUGUGCUGCCCUGCCUGUGCUGCCCUGUGCUGCCCUGCCUGUGCUGCCCUGUGCUGCCCUGCCUGUUGCUGCCCGUGCUUGUGCUGCCCGUGCCUGUGCUGCCCGUGCCUGUGCUGCUUGUGCCUGUUGCUGCCCGUGCCUGUGCUGCCCGUGCCUGUUGCUGCCCGUGCCUGUUGCUGCCCGUGCCUGUGCUGCCCGUGCCUGUGCUGCCCGUGCCUGUGCUGCCCGUGCUUGUGCUGCCCGUGCCUGUGCUGCCCGUGCCUGUGCUGCUCGUGCCUGUGCUGCCCGUGCCUGUGCUGCCCGUGCCUGUGCUGCCCGUGCCUGUGCUGCCUGUGCCUGUUGCUGCCCGUGCCUGUGCUGCCCGUGCCUGUGCUGCCCGUGCCUGUGCUGCCCGUGCUUGUGCUGCUCGUGCCUGUGCUGCCCGUGCCUGUGCUGCUCGUGCCUGUGCUGCCCGUGCCUGUGCUGCCCGUGCCUGUGCUGCCCGUGCCUGUGCUGCCUGUGCCUGUUGCUGCCCGUGCCUGUGCUGCCCGUGCCUGUGCUGCCUGUGCCUGUUGCUGCCCGUGCCUGUGCUGCCCGUGCCUGUGCUGCCCGUGCCUGUGCUGCCCGUGCCUGUGCUGCCCGUGCCUGUUGCUGCCCGUGCCUGUGCUGCCCGUGCCUGUGCUGCCCGUGCCUGUGCUGCCCGUGCCUGUGCUGCCCGUGCCUGUGCUGCCCGUGCCUGUGCUGCCCGUGCCUGUGCUGCCCGUGCCUGUGCUGCCCGUGCUUGUGCUGCUCGUGCCUGUGCUGCCCGUGCCUGUGCUGCUCGUGCCUGUGCUGCCCGUGCCUGUGCUGCCCGUGCCUGUGCUGCCCGUGCCUGUGCUGGCUGUGCCUGUUGCUGCCCGUGCCUGUGCUGCCCGUGCCUGUGCUGCCUGUGCCUGUUGCUGCCCGUGCCUGUGCUGCCCGUGCCUGUGCUGCCCGUGCCUGUGCUGCCCGUGCCUGUGCUGCCCGUGCCUGUUGCUGCCCGUGCCUGUGCUGCCCGUGCCUGUGCUGCACGUGCCUGUGCUGCCCGUGCCUGUGCUGCCCGUGCCUGCGCUGCCCGUGCCUGUGCUUCCCGUGCCUGUGCUGCCUGUGCCUGUUGCUGCCCGUGCCUGUGCUGCCCGUGCCUGUGCUGCCCGUGCCUGUGCUGGCCGUGCCUGUUGCUGCCCGUGCCUGUGCUGCCCGUGCCUGUGCUGCCCGUGCCUGUGCUGCCCGUGCCUGUUGCUGCCCGUGCCUGUGCUGCCCGUGCCUGUGCUGCCCGUGCCUGUUGCUGCCCGUGCCUGUGCUGCCCGUGCCUGUGCUGCCCGUGCCUGUGCUGCCCGUGCCUGUUGCUGCCCGUGCCUGUGCUGCCCGUGCCUGUGCUGCCCGUGCCUGUGCUGCCCGUGCCUGUUGCUGCCCGUGCCUGUGCUGCCCGUGCCUGUGCUGCCCGUGCCUGUGCUGCCCGUGCCUGUGCUGCCUGUGCCUGUUGCUGCCCGUGCCUGUGCUGCCCGUGCCUGUGCUGCUGCCCGUGCCUGUUGCUGCCCGUGCCUGUGCUGCCCGUGCCUGUUGCUGCCCGUGCCUGUGCUGCCCGUGCCUGUGCUGCCCGUGCCUCGGUGUAG